AUGAGUAAAUGUAAAUUCUCUCUUGUCCUCUCCUGCAGCAUCCUCAUGCAAAGGAGACUCUUCCUCUACAACUUCAGGAACCUGCGCAAGGCCAAGGGCCGGCGUGAAACCUACCUCUGCUAUGUGGUGAAGCGCCGGGACAGUGCCACCUCGUGCUCCCUGGACUUCGGAUACCUGCGCAACCAGAUGGGCUGCCAUGUGGAGGUGCUCUUCCUGCGCUACAUCGCAGCCUGGGACCUGGACCCGGGACGCUGCUACCGAAUCACCUGGUUCACCUCCUGGAGCCCCUGCUACGACUGUGCCCAGCACAUCGCCAGCUUCCUGCGCUCCUACCCCAACCUGACCCUCCGCAUCUUCAUGGCCCGCCUCUACUUCUGUGAGGACCGCAAGGCUGAGCCCGAGGGGCUGAGGCGCCUGCACAAGGCGGGGGCACAGAUUGCCAUCAUGACCUUCAAAGAUUACUUCUACUGCUGGAACACAUUUGUGGAGAACAGGGAACAGGCAUUCAAAGGCUGGGAAGGGCUGCAUGAAAACUCUGUCCAUCUUGCCAGGAAACUUCGACGAAUCCUCCUGCCGCUGUAUGAAGUAGAUGAUUUACGAGAUGCCUUUAAAAUUCUGGGACUUUGAAGUGAAAGUCAUCAGCAAUCAGAAGACUUCGCAAGCACUUGUUCUUUGAUUUCCAACUCUCUCCCUUACAACAGACCUUUCUCCUCUUUCCUCCUUACAUCUCUCUCCCUUCCAGCCCUGUGUCUAGGGAUGAGACUAUCCUUACUUUUUAUUUCCAAGGAGAAUUAGGCUGAUCUUGUGAAGAUACCUUCCCCAGGCUCACACCUUAUCCAUUGCUAACUGGGAAUAGCCAGGACUGCAGUGACAUUGCCAGAGAAUGAUUUGCCCCCCCUCAGACCCUGCAGAGCUAAUCCAGGUGAUCCACUAAAUGGAGCUCUGGAUUUAGCCUUGCCCAGGUGGGAGCAGACAGCCUGCAGAGCUGUUUGUGCAACUGUGUUCUCACUGGCACUGCACUGACCUGCACAUUUCAUGAAGGCUUCAGGGAGCACAUUUUUUGGCUCUUAGAGCUGCACUGCACUCAGCUGCUCUGUGUCCUCCCCUGUGAAAUGGUUUAUUUGUCCUUCUGGAUGUUGGUAGGAACUGAAAACCAUCAUGACUGAAGUGGUACAGCCUAUGCAUUAACAGCAAAGUUGGCCAGCCCCUGAAAAGCUCAGCUGAGAGUGUUGAAGUGAAUCCUUCACAGCCCAGGUAGCUCAGCUUGAAAACCUCACGUGAAGCCAGCAGGUCUGUCGGAGUGGAUUGUGUGCAGAGCACCACAGCUCUCGCUGUGUGGGGUGCUCCUCAUCCUCUGAGCAUUUCCCCCUAGACCAGGCAUGCAAUGUGCUCCCUCCCCAGCCAGCUGCCUCUGCUGGAGGCACCUUUACAGUCCCACAGUCUUCUGUUUUUCCAAGA